UCGUGUAAACCAAAACAAAGUCAACUAUAAAAGAGAAAAUUCUCUUCUCGACCAUCAAUCCAAUCAAAUCGCCCAACAAUGAACACUUCAAUUUUCCUUUUGCUAUCAUUAGCCUCAACAUUGGCCCACCCCUUGCUAUCUUGCUCCUGUGGUGUAGCCCCCUUGUCCUGCAACUGCGGCUUAGGCUCCGGCGAAGACGUUUGUCACGACAAUGACAAAAUCAAAACCUGCACCCCAUUGGUAGUCCGCCCUUUGGAGAUCCCCAAACCCAAACUACCCUCCACUUUACUCCUCCCCCCAGUUGACAGCCCCUGCAGCUGUCACACAUCACUUGUAAAACCGGCAGUGGUCCCCAACCCCCCUUGCACAGCCUAUUCCGGGGGCUACACCGGAAGUGUCGAUGUUUUGAACAACCAACAUUUGACACUAAGUCAACAACAGCAAAUUCUCUUCGGGGGGGCCCAAACUGGGGGCUGUGGGGGCGCUUAUGGUUACACUCCGGUCGCAAGACCCAUUCUUGUCGACGAAAUCGAAAAAACUCCGGUGAAUCCCGCCAAUUACGUUCCGGCGGAUCCGGUCUCUCUAUCAGUUGCCUACAAAAUGUCCCAAGAAAAGUGCCACCAAAACGAAGAUAAACUCUCUUUCGGUUUCCGGAGUUUACCAAAAGACGUCCCAAUUUACUUCCGCCGGUCCGGAAACAACAUCCCGGAAGAGAAUUUGUUCAAUUUGAACGGCCAAAUCGUCGAAUUGAAGAAAAUCCCAUGCAAUUCCCAGAAAUCUCUCGAUGAUGAAGCAGCAGAACAAUUAACCGAUCUUCAGGAAGAAGAACAAGAAGCAAGAAUGGCGGUUAAUCCUUACACUUCGCUCACUUUGGGCGAAAUCGGUUAUGGGCCCGCUAAAAUUGAUGGUCAAUUUGUGGAUCUUCCUUCGGCCGGUCCUGGGCCCUCGUUUGACGCAGCCCCCGCUAAAAAUUGCGAUGAUGGUUUCAAGCCCGGGAAUGUGAUUAUAACGCAAGUGCCCAAAAUGGAGAGUUUGGCGAUGCCGCCCCCACUUCCUGAGCCCUGUCCUGCCGACGAAGAGGCGUUUAUUCCGCCGCCUCCGGCGGUGCCACAAGGGGCACUUUUCACCAGUCCAUAUACGUAUUUGUCGAGUGCGUCGUCGUCGUCGUCGGCGUCGGCGUCCACCAAAAAUUUAUACUCGAAAAGUGUGUUUUUGCAAAAGGUGGGGUGUAGCUAAGAUGUGACUUUUGGUUUGUUUUGAUGGUUUUAAUGGCAUGAAUGAAUAAAUAAAUAGAAAUAAAAAUUA